AUGCACACCAAGGGCUCUCAGACCGACAGCUCUGCUGGAGCCACCCAGGCUCCCCAAACUGGGCAGUACCACCAUGAGCCUCGCACUCCGUACAACUCGGGACAUACCAAUGCCAAGGCUCGCGAUGGGGAUGGAACCACUCUAUCCCAGCUUUUCAGUGGCCUCAGCUGGCAGAACUCGCGAGGCAAGUAUGGUGCUGCCAAAGGCACCACGCCCGCGGCGAUGAACGCGAACGUGGACUGGUCGACUGCCAACCGAAGUGGCUACAACAACUCGUUUAUUCUGGUACCUAACUCCACUCUUUUCGGUGGCAUGACCCAGAUGCCUUCCUUUGUUCCGAACUCUGUUACGGGACACAACGAUCAACUGGGCCAAUUCCCUUACCUAUCGGGAGGAGUCUACCCCAACAUGGUGACUGGAUCGAUGCAAGGGUAUAACUGGCCUUAUGUGAUGAACUACGACCUGCAGGACACGGCGAACAACAAGCAAAGCACCUGGGGCACAGGCGACUGCCAGAAGGGUGCUCAGAACGAAAACACCGGCCACGUCCAGUACUUUUCGGCCCCCUUCAUGCCUGGUGUCGACGCCAAUUCCAUGACCGGCUACUCCUACAGCGGUCUUUGCCCGCAGCUUGGAUCCCUCACUCUCCCCUGGCAGAUGAUGAAGACCAACAAUGGAUACGUGGUACAGGAUCUGGAGGCCCUGACCCAGCAGGAACCCGCUAUUCCUCGGGCUGUGCCCGCCAUGUGGACCAACCCGUCCGAUCUGACUCUCGCAAAAUGCCUGGAGAACCGCGAGGGCAUCACCAAUGUCUACAUUCGAGGCUUUCUCCCUGAGACCACGGACGAGAUGUUGCAGGCGUAUGCUACUCGUUUUGGAAAGAUCGAGCGCUGCAAGGCAAUCGUCGAUCUGGACACUGGCCUAUGCAAAGGAUUCGGCUUCGUUCAGUAUUACACUUUCGAGUCCUGCGAAAACUGCAUUCGCGGUUUCUUCUAUCUUGGCUAUCAGGCCAGCUUUGCUCAGAAAUCUCGCAACUCCCGUCUCAAAGACCUGGAGGACAGGUCUUCCACCAAUAUAUACUGCACCAAUCUCCCGAUUGAUUGGACCGAAGCUGACCUUCGUCGUCACUUUGAGCCCUAUCGUGUUGUUUCCGAGAAAAUUAGCCGUGAUGAGAAGACGGGUGUGAGCAAGGAAGUGGGAUUCGCACGCUUCGAAACCCGUGAGAUUGCAGAGAUGGUGUUAUCUGAAUACCACAAUAUGGCCAAGGACGAUGGCGUGAAACUGCUUUUGCGUUUCGCAGAUACCAAGGCCCAGAAGAUGUUGAAGCAGCAGAGCAAUGAGCGCCGUGCCUAUCGUGCUGGCGAGUACAACUACUCUGUGGAGGUUGUGCAGGGAUCGACUCCCUCGCCGUCUCUCCAGCGACUUCAGCAGACUACUUCCAACCUGACCCCGACGCCCAACUCUAACUCUCAGGUCAGCUACACCUCGCCGGCUGGAGUGGGCUCCAACUGGACCCCAGCCACUUCGAUUUCGCCCACGUAUCCACACAUGAAGAACCCGGCCAGUGGCGCGCGCCUGAGCUCGUUGUCAUCGCGCAGCCUGAAUUCUCUUGACAGCACCAUCACUCCAAUUUACCGAGCGCGACCUUUCUCGCUGACCCGCGACUCUCUGACCGAUAUCUCUGGGGGCUCUUCCAAGACUGCCAUGCCGGAGUCUCCUACCAUUGGGCCACGCUCGUACAUGUCGAGCCCUCACAAGGAGAACGUCAAGGCCGGAUCUGUGUCUCCUGUCUCCUCUCGCAUGGAGAUCAUCAUCUCAACUCCUCGCUCGUGCACCUGA